AUCGACCAUGGCGCUACUGCAGCUCAAGAAGCGCCGGCUCCUCGAGGACGACAACAGCCAGGACGACAACGACCAGCAGCAGCAGCAUGCAGCGACCAAGCGCGCCUGCGUGCGGCCCAACCCGGUCCUGCAGACCGAGAAGAUGCAGUCGGUGCUGCGCGGCCUGCGCCACGUCGCCACCUGCGUCGGCUGCGACAACAAGCUCUGCGCCUCGACGCUGGCCUUUGUCAAGAAGGUCGAGCUGCACCUCGCGACGCAGCCCGCAGGCCACGACCGAAGUACCUGCGCGGCGUGCAAGCUCUGGACCAUGAUCGUGCAGGACCAUGCGCGCGACUGCGCCGAAGCGCGCUGCCUCGUGCCCCUCUGUGCCACCUACCGCCGCCGGCGCGACGACCCACCGAUAUAGUAGGCCCCAUGGGACGACGCGCGAUCCUUCGAUCGAUCGAUCGAUCGUCGUCGUCGCUCCUGUGCCUCCGCCGCGCCCACGUCCUUUCCUGUACAGCAACCGGCCUGCCAUCCAU